AUGGAUGGUACUAUAGCUGAAUUAAAAGGUUUUGAAGUAAAACCUAAUGGUGAAUUACAAUUAAUAAAAAUAUUUCAAGCAAGUGUUUUUGAAGCAUUUCUUAAAGGAACAAUACUUGAAGAAUAUAUAUCAGAUAAAGAAUUAUUUAAAUUAAUAUCAGAACGAAGAACUAUGUCAAGGAUGUUAUCAGAUUAUGGAGAACAAAAAUCAACAUCAAUUUCGACAGCUAAAAGACUUGCUGAAUUUCUUGGUGAAGAUAUUAUUAAAGAUAAAGGUCUUUAUUGUCGUUUUGUUAUAGCUAAUGUACCACGUGAUGCACCUAUUACUGAACGUACUAUUCCAUUAGCUAUAUUUCAAUGA